GAGGAGGCUGGUCCCGAUGGUUUCAAGUACCUUCUCUCCAUGAAGCUCUGGUCGCUGACAGAGAAUAAGGUUGAGGAGUUACAGCGACUUCACAACCAAAAGCAAGCUGCUCUCGAUGAGCUUCGAGGGACCAGCAUCGAAGACCUUUGGGAGACGGACUUGCAGCGCUUGGAAAAGUCACUGGACGAGUGCGACGCGCAGGACCGAAAGGAAGCUGAGGCAGCCGAGAGGCUUGCCGCGAAACACAUGUCCGAGGAGAGCUUUCUGGUUAACAAGCAGUGUGUGCUGGUACUCAGCCGCAAUUUCACGGCUAAGCGAGUGCGAACGAGUGAGUGGAAGGCACGCCGUCGUGGCGGUGGCUUCAGCAACAAGCGCCUGGUCAGCAAGGCCAGGAAGGGCAAGGAUGACGACGAGGGAGAGGAAGAUGCAGAAGAAGCGGAGGACUCUGCAGAGGGAGCCUUGUCCGGCGUUUUCUGCUGUCAUGACUUCGAUGCCCUACUCGUUUUUUCCGAGCACGGAUUUGUGUACAUGUUGCAGGCUCUGGAUGUCCCGCUGGUGAAAAAAUGUGGCAUGCCGGGUGCAGAGCUGAAGGACUUCCUGCCGGAACUUCAGGAUCAUCGCAUCACUGCGUUGGUAACGGUCUCACAUCGCAGCUUGAGGGAGCAAGCGGACGACUUUGUGGUCCUGGUGUCUAAGCAAGGCUUUACCAAGAAGGUCUCCUUGGACAGGUUCCGCAGUCUACGCCCUGGAAGAGGUCUGCAAGCGAUGAAGCUUGCGCGGAGCCCAGAAGCGGGGAGUCAGCAUUAG